AUGUUGAUCCAGACAGCCAAGUUGGAUUUGGAGAGGCAGGUCGUCAGAGCUCUGGAGAGCAAGCAGAAGGCGUCCAGACAAGCUAGGUUGCUCCUGCUUGACCGCCAAGCGGAUGACAUGCGUGCUGAGCUUGCAGCGCUGCGAGAGGGGCGCCAGAGGAGGAUCGUGCCGAGGAUCUCGGCUGUUGAGAAGGCACAGCAGCUGAGUCUGCAGAAGCGGAGGAAGUGUGCCUGUCUGGUGGCAGAGUCAGUGGCAGACAAGACCCUUGUCGGAUGCGCAUUCACAUCUCUUGUGGCGCCCGAAGCGCUGCUGCCGCCUCCCUGGCCGACCACCAAGCCACUGCGCUUCUACAUGAGCAAUCUGGGCGUGCUGCAGAGCCACCGCAGGCGCGGCGUGGCUCUGGCUCUGCUCAAAGCCUGCGAGACUCUGGGUGGGGGGAGGAGAGUGUUUGGCUGCACACUGAAGCAGACAAUGCUGGCGCUAAUGCCCUCUACCAGGCAGCAGAGUGCUCAUAAGGGUGCUGAGGUGGCCCUGGAUGACCUCCAAAUAGAGGGUGCUGUCCGGGACAGAGACAAAGUCUUUGUUUGGGACGCUGUCACGAUGAAGUCAAAGGAGGAUCAGUAG